AUGGCAUUGAGUGUUACUUUUCAUGUUCUUCUCUGUUUGGCUGUAGCUACAACGAAUGCCAAAAAUUGUCCAAAUUUAGGUACUGCUUCUCAGUUUACUGUGAUCGCUGCCAGUUCGGUAAGUAGUACUGGAUCCACCGUCAUCAAUGGCAACGUAGCUAUGAGUCCAAGCAUCGCUUUGACCGGCUUUUAUCCAUUUGGUUCGAUCAGUGGUUUCACCACAUUGAGUACUGAUAUUGCUUUACAAGCGCAAAAAGACGUCACCUCAGCAUACAAUUACUUGAAACAUGCAAAACCCACUGCUCAAAUGACUGGUGUUGAUCUGACGGGAAAAACACUCGCACCGGGAGUGUACAAGUUCAACUCGGCCGCUGGAAUCGAUACGCCCGCAGGUGUUUUAACAUUGAGCGGAACUGGUACUUACAUAUUUCAAGUUGGUAGUGCGCUCAAGACGUCGACUGGUAGUAAAAUUCAAUUAAUAAACGGUGCCAAGGCCGGUUGCGUCUUCUGGCAAGUAGGCAGUAGCGCCACACUUGGGCUAAGCAGUCAUUUUGUUGGAAAUAUUCUUGCUUACGCAUCCGUCAAGUUCUCAAAUGGCAUCAUAUAUGAUGGUUCCAUCUACGCACAAACAGCAGCCGUCUCAUUCAUCGCUGAUAUCGUUACUCCUCAAGAGAGCUGUAAUGCGUGCUAA